CUCGAAUACCCGCCUCAACCUAAAAGCUUGAGUCUGGUCCAACUCACAUAUGAACUUUGUUCUGCACAGUCAGCAAAGUCAAGUGGACUACACGCCCACAAGCAUAGUGAUAAAGCCACAAGCCACCGCAUGUUGCAUGUUAGGGACAGAACAUACACAGAGGGCUAUAUCAGACAGUGUAUCAAUUAAGGCUAGGAGUUGAAAGCCUACGAGAAAAACACUGAGCUUGAAGCCAUCAUUGCACAGAGCUAGAGGGCCAUGAAGCCAUGGUCGACGGUCACAUUCACAUAAAUGAGCAUUUAGGCUGUUAAUUUCGACAAGGUGUUCCAAAGGUCCUGUUGCUAGUCUGGAGAGUUCUAGUAUCAUAUCCUUACAACUCUCUCCAUGAAUUUUCCUACGUCGCCUUCUGCAUGUCUGGGGCUAAUUCGUAACAAUCCAUGCUGCUGUGGCGGUUAGCUAUAAUGAUAUUCAUGUAGACUAUAAUUUUAUUCAUGUUCCACACCCACUUGUGGCCAAUUAAAUGUCCAAGAAAUUCCUGGACACACUUGAACCAAACCACAAUGUGAGUUUGACCAGACUCAAGCUUUUAGGUUGAGGCGGGUAUUCGAGACUAAGAGUUACGACUAAGCUAAACAUGAUUAUGUGCAAUACUUGCUUGGAUUGGUUAGCAAGUGCCAGUUACCGCUUUUAUCAUGGCAAGCCCCACCUCCCCCUAGGUGCCAUAUAAAUAUUAGUUGAAUUCUUACUGCUUACCGGCUUUUACAGAAGGAUACAGCAUGCAAGCUUGAAGACAGAUUCGUACUGUACAUCAUUUACCCUUCACUUCCGCGUUUUCCGAUUUCUGGCUUUCUGGUCCUACAAGCGCCUUUGCUGAACUAAUUUUCAAUCACAUGGCGACUAUUGAGGACGUAGACAUUGAGUUAACUCAAGUUGAGGCGAAUGAUGGCGGUGGAAGGAGAUGUUCUGAAGAUAAACAAAGAUUACAUCCACCCAACCAGAAUGAAGACGAUGAUGAUCAAGCGGUUAAAGUGAAGUCAGAUGAAGAAUGCAUCGACACUCCUGCACACAUUGCUGCUCAAUCCAACACCCUUGCUGAUUUGGAAGGACAAAUUAAUGGAAAUCCACAAUGCAUCUAUAAAAAGGGUGCUUCUAAGCAAACAGUUCUUCAUGAUGCCGUUGAGAGUGGAGAUCUAGAUAUAGUUUGUUUCGUUUUGGACAUUGCUAAGAAGCAUCCACCUACUGAGAAGCAUCCACCUGAUUUUCUAAAUCAAAGAGAUGUCUCUGACUUUACACCACUUCAUCUAGUAGCUAUCCAUGGAUCAGUGGACAUUGCAAAGCUGCUUAUUAAACAUGGAGCUAGUGUAAAUCCAAAAAACGGAAAUACUUCUAAAACUCCUUUCCAUAAGGCUGCUUACUACGGCCAAGUUGAGCUAGCAUUGUAUCUACUGGAACAGGGAGCUGAAAUCAGUUACCAAGCCUUUGCCGCCAUUAUCGGAGGUGGAUACGAGAAGCUUGCCAAGGCUGUCAUUGAGACUGACCAAUGGCCUCUCGCCUUGCGAGGCACGUACAAACGACAUGAGAAGGAAACAACAGCUUUCCGAGAGUUGAUUGCAAAAAUGCCAGACGUUGCUGAGAUUGUACUGAAUCGUUGCACGGUUGAAAAGAACAAAAUUCGUGAUGGCAAAGACUAUGAAAUGCUGUUCAACUACGAAUUUAUCGAAGAUUACAAUGGUGGAGACACUGGGAAGCAGGAAAGUGCUAACCGUCAGGGUACAGCGGAAAAUGAAAAAGAGCAGAAAAGUGCAUGCAGUGGAGACACUGGGAAGCAGGAAAGUGCUAACUGUCAGGGUACAGCGGAAAAUCAAAAAGUGAAGGAGCAGAAAAGUGACGGUUCAAAGAAGAAAACAUAUGGUACCAGUUUUGCUGAGAUCACAGCAGACCAGCCCGCUACUCAUCGCUGGGGGCCCAAUAUAUUUACCAAGGCAAACCAUCCUUUACAAAUAAUGGUGAACUACAACCGAAUGAAUUUGCUCAAUCAUCCUGUCGUGGGUUCUCUCGUUCAUCACAAGUGGAAGAAGUAUGGUUUCGUGCUCUACAUAACAAACCUCUUCGUUUUCGUCUCGUUUCUGGUACUCCUGACAACUUUUGCACUGAUUGUGCCCAACCCAAAGAGUGAAGAUUCGUUCACCAUUUGCUGAUCCUGCCAUAUCGCUACUGAAAACUAUGACAAUGUCAACUGGAGACGUGGGCUUCAACUCCAUCUUUCGAUUGGACCCAUCUGGAGACAGCGAUGGGAAACAGCAGAUUCAGUACCCUCCCUUAUCCUAUAUCAUCUGGU